GUUGCGCAUACAAUCGGGUUGUAAUCGAAUUCUGCUCCACAGUAAAAUCAUGAUGAAACCUAUAAUACUUUUAUUUUUAUUAAAUAAUUUUGUGAAUGGAUUGUUUGGGGAAAUAUCAGAUCUAUUAGUCGAAACUGCUUUAGGAAGUGUUCAGGGCUUCUCCAAGAUCAGUAGUUAUGGACGCGCAUACAGGGCAUUUGAAGGAAUUCCUUACGCUAAACCGCCAGUGGGAAACUUAAGAUUCGAGCCUCCGAACGACAAUGGCCCCUGGGAAGAUACACUCCUGGCAACGAGUCCUAAAAGUGGAUGUGUCGCAUAUACGCAUGAACUAGGAAAUCCAUCUGGAAGAAUCACAGGAGAAGAAGAUUGUCUGUACUUGAACAUCUACACUCCCUUUAACCAAACGAAGAAGGAAUCCAAACUUCCAGUACUUUUUUGGAUUCACGGUGGGGCUUUCCAAUUUGGACAAGGAUCCCAUGAGGGUCCAUUGUACAUCAUGAAUCGAGAUUUAGUCUUUGUCACCAUUAAUUAUCGUUUAAACAUUUUAGGAUUCAUGAGCACUGGCGAUGGAGUUGUUCCAGGGAAUAUGGGGCUGAAAGAUCAAAGUCUUGCACUGCGGUGGGUACAUGAGAAUAUCGAGUCCUUCGGUGGUGAUCCCAAUCGAAUUACUAUCGGUGGAGUAAGUGCUGGCGGAGCUAGCACUCAUUACCACUAUUUGAGCCCGAUGAGUCGUGGUCUGUUCCAAGGUGGAAUUUCCGUCAGUGGGACUGCUCUUGAUUGUUGGACGCAAACUGAAAAUAGUCCUGAGAAAGCAAAAAAAGUGGGAUCUCUGCAGGGAUGUCCAACAAAUAGCACCAAGGAGAUGGUGGAGUGCCUGAAAUCUCGACCUGCUAGGAGCAUAGUUCAACUAGUCGCACAAUUUCAACCAUGGUGGUUCAAUCCAUUCACUCCUUUCGGGCCAGUGGUGGAAGAAAACUCACCAUCAGCAUUCAUCAGCCGUUCGCCAAUCGAGAUAAUUACCAGUGGAGAUGCUGCCGAUCUUCCCUGGAUCACAAGUGUCACAUCCGAAGAAGGACUGUACCCUAUCGUGGAAUUUAUCGAAGGGAAAUUCAUGGCAGAGUUGGAUGAAAAAUGGGAAGAACUCGCACCGCAUUUACUUGACUUCAAUUACACGAUUCCCCAGUCACAACAUGCACGGAUAGCGGUUAAAAUUAGAAAACAUUAUUUAGGCAAUCGGAAAAUCCAGAAAGAUACUGCGAAAUCCCUGAUUCAUAUGGUUGGAGAUCGAUUAUUCUCGGUCGAUGCGGCAAAAGCUGCAAAGUUAAUGGCAAAAAUCAAUCGGAGUCCAGUUUGGUUUUACUAUUAUAAUUAUCGAGCUUCGAUCAGUUUGACCGACGUCUUCAAUGUGACUGGAAAUUACGGUGUCAGUCAUAGUGACGAUGCGUUCACAUUCAUAGACUCAGGAUUACCAGUUAUCACUGAUCAACCGACGUUGAAUAUGCAGAAGAUUUUUCUUGAUAUUAUAGAAUCUUUCCUGCAGAAAGGGUCACCUCCAAAUAACAUCCGCUGGCCUGAGGUAGCUGCAUCGAUGGAGUACUUGAAUUAUCUCCACAUUGCAGGGCCUGAGAAAUUAAAUGCGACAUGCAGUUCCGAUUUCGCCGAAGAAAAAUUCUGGUCCUGUAUAAAUUUCGAUGAAAAUAAACCCACAGUGUAGAACACUA